UUUAUCCUCUUGCAUUUGAUUACUGGAACGUAUAUGUAUUUCAGUGUGCACCCAUAUAGUUUUAAACGUCAUUAUCCGCUCUUAGAAAAUGGAGGAAACUGCUUCUUUGUGUCCUGUCUGCAGCUAGUUUUGUUUGUGUUACCAUGGAAGUUUCACACUGAAGAAUGUGGUGGGAGAGCCUUCAGAACUGCUUCUUUUUUCCACAGCAGAACCAUUUUACAAGAGAACUGUUAGAGCCUUCCUCAAGUUGAUACAAAGAAAAUCGUCUCUAAUGUUUUUAAAUUGGUUAAAAACAUAAGCUAAAGACAGCACUGAAAAUAGAGGGUGUUGGGGAUGGGGUGGAAGAGUCAAAAGAGGACGUCAUGGUUCACAGCAGCUCCACUUCCUCAAUGAAAACACCAUCUGCCUCACCUCAGUCAACUGAUUGUACUACAGCGCCUCCUUCAGUGCCUCACCCUGGAGGUACUACAGAUCAGGACUUGAUACAGACCGCUGCAGCACUCCUCACUGCAGAUCUCACCUGCAGCUCCGAUUCAUCUGCAGCUGCUGUAACUGCUACAAACGCAAAUCCUUCUCUAAGAAAUGCAACAAAGGAACUAAGUGAUAAGUCAAGCCCUUUGCGCUCUAAUAAGAUAUUUACCCCAGGUCAGGAUGAAGUCAACAGCCGAACAUCAAGAAGGAAGAGAACGCCUAAGACGUGUGACUGCUGUGGUCCCAAUAGCACUGGACACAAUGUCAAAGCUUCAGGCAGAGGGAGAGGGAGGGGCGCUGGUAAGGACUUUGGGGGCACGGCUAAAAGAAAAGUGGGAGAGUCUGUAAAUAUCAAGAACUUUAAUUUGACUGGUCACGAAGUACAUGAUCGAGGAGGUGAGGGAAAGGCAGAGGAGAAGGUGCAGAUUCCCUUAGCGGUGUCUGAAUCGCCGUCACAAAUCCAUGUUGCCACAGCUUCCCCAGACAUUGCACAGAACGGACCAUUAAGGAACUCUGACGCCCCUGAAGAAAGAUCGCAGAAAAGGGAGGAUGUGGGGAAAACAUGCACAGGCCCUGUUGCUGCAGUGGAAGGACACGGGAAUGGAAGGGAUGCACACACAAAGUUGUUAGGGACAUCAUGCAGGGGAACGCUGGUAGUUAUGGGUAGAGAAGGAGGGAUUGUUAAAGCCCUGAUUGCAUCAGAUGUUAAAGAUAACGUUGAAAGUAAAAGUGGUAACAUAGCCAGUGUAACAACAGGUGCCUUAGCUCAGUCGGUGUUGGAACAUGGACUAGAAGGAAGCCAAUAUUCUCAGAUAUCUCAUGCAGGCCAAACCAAGCCCAGGUCAGUUGAAUGUCACCUUGAAAAUGGAGAGACUGUGAGCCUGACAGAUACAGAUGAAGAGAUGGAGGAUAAUGAUGUGAGCAAAGCUGCAAAUGGAUCGGUAUCAUCUUCAGUGCUGCCAGGUGUUACUACAGGAUUGGAAGUUUCCUCUAACCAAGAUUCUGAGAUGCAAGUGGACCAAAUCUCAGAUGAAACAGACCAAGUUUUUCUCUCGUUGAUGUCACCCAAUGGAAAAGUUGCCACACCAACGGAAUGCGACCAAAAACCCUUCCCCAUGGAGGUAGAAACAUGUCACCCAGCCACAAUUCUCCCUCCACACAUGGGCCCUAUUACAAUGAGCAGCAUGGAGCACCGGUGGGCAUUGAGAGACCACAGACUGUACUGCCAAUCUGGCACCUGGGAAAUCUACGGGACGGAAGAAGAAGUGGUUCAAGACGAAAAGCUGGAUUCAGAGACACAGAGGAAGGAACUCUUGGAGAAACUUAUAGAUGCUGUCCAAGAAUUCCUGGAGGGCUUUUACGUCAAAUAUGGCAGCUUUAUUCCGCUCACUGAAUCGGAAGUUUUGGAGUACCUGAAGAAGCAAGCAAACUCUGACCUCAGCCACAGUGGACUGGACAUAAAAGGGGAGAUGACUCGAUACCGGGCGGCGCUGGCUUCUGCACCUGUUGCUGGCUUCAUGGUCACGUAUAACAAGCACACGCUGAGUCUGGAAGACCUCAGUACGCUGGAGGAGCAGAACUGGCUCAAUGACCAGAUUAUCAACAUGUACGGAGAGCUCAUUAUGGAAGCAACAGAACACAAGGUUCACUUUUUCAACAGCUUUUUCCACAAGCAGCUGGUCGCCAAAGGUUAUGAUGGAGUGAAGAGGUGGACCAAAAAAGUCGACUUGUUUUCCAAAUGGUUGUUGUUGAUUCCCAUUCAUCUAGAAAUCCACUGGUCUCUUGUCACGGUCACCAUGGCAACCAAAACCAUCAGCUAUUACGACAGCCAAGGCAUCGUCUUCCGACACACCACAGACAACAUAAUGAAGUAUCUUCAGAAUGAAGCCAGAGAAAAGAAACAGGCAGCGUUCCAGAAAGGAUGGAAGAUCACCAUCAUCAGGGGUAUUCCUCAGCAGAAAAAUGACAGCGACUGUGGAGUUUUUGUCCUGGAGUACUGCCGCUGCCUUUCAGUGAAGCAGCCUCUGCUGUUCAGCCAGGACGACAUGCCUCGCAUUCGAAAGAGAAUCUACAAGGAGUUGUGUGACUGUCGUCUGAACCGUUGACCCAGCGACUGCUGACUGUCUGUUUGGUGUCGUGAGACCAUCUGUCCAGGUCUGUCAGACAAAGUCCUCUGAAAGUCGGUUAUAUAAGCUAAAGCGAACCCGGCCAUCUGUAUUCCAGGGAGCCUUAACUGUCAUCUGCCUCCUUAACAGCAGAGUGGCGGUUACUUGAGACCUUUGAGCGUUUCUGGGACUGUGUGGAUUUUAGUUGCAAAGAACUACUGAAUUGGCUCUUCUGCUGAUGGUUGUCUGUCAGUGAUUAUGAAGGCCUAAAUGAGGAUUUUGCACUUGCACACUUCAGGUUUUCUUUCUACCAUCACGUGAGGAUUUUCUAUCUGUAGUCAACAGGAAAACAGAUUUUUUUUCCUGCUUGACCUGUCAUCCAACAUCACUGGCUUUAUUAUCACGUCAUCCUGUGCUGGACGUUUCAAAGCAAGAUGUGAUACUGUGGACCAGCAGUUCUCAAACAUGAACAAGAAACUCUGUUUUUGGACUUUGGAGAUUUGCACGAUAAGAAGUAAGCAAUGUCAUCUGAAUUUCCCAGAAGUCCUUCUUCCCUAAAAACCAGGAUUGUGUGUUUUCUGGUGCAGUUUUUCUUCAAAGUGUCUGAUUUUUGACACCUAGCAGUUCCUCUGCAGACAUUUCAGUAUUUCUAUAGCAUUUUCUUUCCUUUUGCCACAACACACAUAAUAAAGUGAAGUUAAGCAUAAAGCUCCUUCAAAACGUGCAAUGAUACCUGAAGCAGUUACGUCCAAUAGCUUUUCAGGCUGUUCAGCCAACCACGUUUUACUGAAAGAAGAGCAUUUUUAUUUAACGGCAGCAGUUUGUUACUUCGAGGAUCAAUUUACACGGGCAUGAAAAGCUUUGGUUGAAGCGGCUCCUCCUCAGAGACAUGAGCAGACCUCAGCUGUUUUCAUUCAACACUUUUGUGCAGACAGCAUUUUAUUUACACACAUAUGUAUUUUCAGAUUGUAAUAUACCUUUACUGGCCUACUGGUGUGUGUGCUUGCUUGGGUAGAAACCAUGCCGGUCAUUUGAACUGUUUUUAUAGUUGUUAUUAAAAAAGCUAUCCUGCUGGG